GGUUACAAUCACUAGUUGCGUGAUGUGUCAAUCAUUACACCAUACUUGUUUUUCUUCCACGAGUAAUAUCUUAUCAUAUUUCUUAGAAGAACAGUGAAUAUCAGUACAUUGCAGGCACUCUAGGUUGAAGUAUAUCUCAAUUGAUAUAUAUAAUAUAGAGAUGUCUCAGGGAGUCACAAUUUCAACAACGCUGAACGAGGUGGAGUCCAUUAGCCCUGAUGCAGCUCUUUGGGUGCAAAAUUGGGAGGCAAAAAAGUGGUCUGAUGUUGACACAAAUGGUGUUUCUGGGGGUAUCUUUAUUGAUGAUCCUGUGAUUUUGUCUCUACCAAAUGGAAAGGUUCAUGCAUUUGCCACCGGUACCGAUUACAAUCUGAAUCACAAAUGGUACAGUCAAUCAACAGGAUGGUCAAGUUGGGUCUCCACCGGAAGACAGACUUUUUCUCCUCCUGUUGUCACACAUUAUGGCGCUGCCACUGCCAAUACAUUCGCUGUCUUAAUUUUGGGAUUAGAUCAUCUCCCGUACGGAGGGAUUAGUACUUCUGAUACCGCUUUCACCUGGACAGCUAUUGGUGACGGGGCUAAGAAGUUACGACAUAACUCUCUAGUAGCCUUAGAUCGAAGCUACGACCAAUCCAUGUCCAUUGUCGGCGUUGAGCUUACUACAGGACAGCUUUUCCACACAUGGACUAACGUAGGUACCUGGGCGACCACUUGGGAAACGUGGACUGGAGUUAGCUAUUGCUUGAGUAAACCCACUAUUGUGUGUUCCAAAGCAUCAUGUAUCGAUAUCUUCGUGUUUGCAGCAGAUCGCGGUUUAUGGCAAUUACCCCACCGACCUGGCACUGGGUGGGGAACUUGGAAGAAUCUUUACGGCUUAUAUUUAUACGAUCCUACCUCUAUCUCGGUAUCUCCUGGCCGAGUUGAUGUCUUUGGAAUCGGUAGUGAUGGGAAAAUUUAUCAAAAUACUUCGACUGCGAGUGGGAAUGAGGUUGCAAUUUUUACACAGAAAUGCAUCGGUGCCCCUUCUGGUUCAUCUCCGAAGGCACAAGUCACAUCACCUGGUGUGUUUUCGGUGACUACUAGGAAAUCAAAGGGUGUUUACCAACAGAUUGUGCAAGUAACUAUGAGCCAUCUUGGAACUUUCUUACUGACUUUUAUAGUUACGAGUCUUCUACCGGCGUAUGGGUACCCCAAGGUGGCGUGACGGAAAUAACCCCAUCUAAUUGAAGGGAUCAUGACCGAUAUCAGGAUGAGAAGCGAAUCAUGUGACAUGACACUAGAUCCAGAAGCGUCGAACGAUACUAAAAUGUCUCACGGUGGUUUCAUGAUGGCUUUAUGUGAUUGUCAGCAAUCGAUUUUUAAUGAACACUCUUUCUAAGAACUUGAACUACUGUAGUGUUUGAAAAUUGGCUCUCGGCAAUAGGUCAGAGCAGGUAUAAGCUUUUAGAAAAAUCAGAGAUAGCCUAGCGUUUUCCUACAUCCCAUGAUUGUCUCAUAGACCUCCUUGAGAAGCUCUUGCGUGAAUUUUCCAUCGAACUGUCCCA